AUGGAUGGGGAGAAAUCCCUCAGGCUUCUUUACGAUGAAAGGGAAGACGAGUUGGCACACUUGCGGUAUGAGGCGAGUCGAAGUAUGAACUACGAAAGCUACCUCGAGGAGCAGUUGCAGAAAAAGACGGAGGACCUGGAAUGCCUUUGGGUUGAAGUUGGUCAAGCCAAGCGUGAGUGCAAUGAGCUAGAGGCUCAGAUGGAUGCCCAUAUUGCGGUCGAGAAGAAUGCUUUGGCUAAGACAAGCAAGAUUGCAAAUCUCGAGUCUGAUCUUUUGAAGCUAAAGGCCGAGGUCGUGAACGCCCAAGCUAAGGCUGAAGAGAUUCGGGCUAAGUCUGAAAAGAUAGUGGUUGUCUACUUAAAAGGCCCUGUUGAUGCUCGAGUUAAAUUGAGCGAUGAUUUCGAUCGGGAGAGCAAAAGCAAUGAGUAUGCCCGAUGUAAAUCUUGGAGGGAAACCCUUGAAGAUAUUUAUGCUAGGGACUUUGAUCUCUCGGAGGAGAUAGCGCAGUCUAGGGCGGAUGAAUACGACGCCAAGUUCCUUUUGUCUAAUGCCGAGGAUAAUGAGGAAAAGGCCGAUGGGCCACAGUCCCCGAGGGGGACGUAG